AUGGGCCACAAACAGCAUGAUACGCCCAAAAAGGCACGAUUACGUGGUGCCUACACUUUUCUCACUGAACAUGGCUACAAAUUCAAGAAAUUGGACCUAUAUGAGUUCUUCGACAUCAGCGAGCGGACAGGUCGCGAGUAUCUGAGGGACCCGUAUGGGUGCGACCGUACGCGCCACAACAACCCGGAUCUCCCAGAGACGCGCGGGCGGAAGCGGAAAGUCGUCGACGAAGACGCUGUCGACAAAGAUGGAAAGCCUUUGAAGAGGAGGCAGAGAAACCCCGCAAAGAAGAAUAAUUCACGAAAGAAAACAGGGGCAGUGAAGGCUCCUACGCGCGCCUCGGAGAAAGAACCCAGCGGUAAUCCGCCGGCAAACGAAUUACCACAGGCAGUACCACAUGCAGUCGAUCAACUGCCUGGCCUUUCUCAACCUGGCCCAUCCCAAGCUCAAACCGUUCCCUCUGGCAGCUAUAUCAACUCUUACACCUCUAGCGUAUUCCUCAAUGUGGAGGGAGGACCUCCGUACACGUUCUAUGGAGAUCAACCCGGCCAAGGUCGUUAUUAA